AUGUCGACGCCUACCUCGCCGCCGAUUUCCCCCCUUCUGUUCUCCGCCCAGCUUUAUCCCGGCCGCGCGCUGGGCUGGUUGGUACUUGGAGCAUCAUUGCAUGAUAUCUUGACCCGCCUCAAGACAGAGCCCCAGCGGUUCCCCAAUCUCGAUGUCAAGUACAGCCCAACCGAGCCGACCAAGUCGAUUAUCAUCAUCGACCUCCCCGCGAACGGGAUUCGUCUACAGUUCGAUGGCCCAGAGCAGCGACUACGCUUAAUCGAGGUGGUGGACUUCACAAAAAACCAUAUCUUUAUCAAGGCAGCCGAUAACAAGGAGCGCGACCUUGUUCGUCCUUCCACAACAUCUACACCGUCAACCGAUAACACCGCGGGCCCUACAUUCCGUCAUAUCUAUCAGCGGUUUCUUGGUCCCACCUACAAUGGCGAGUUCGUUGAUGGGCCGCAGACCCCAGACAACGCCGUCGACCAGUAUGGUCUGUACUGCUUGUCAUGGCCCGGGGUGGCUUUCAGCUUCCUCAUGAAAAAAGCGACCUACUCGGCCAAGAAAAACGUGGUUGACCUACUGGCAUCCACACAGGUUCCCGAGGUCAUGGGCAUCUUCAGUGGGGAUUCAUGGACGCAGGCCCGACAGACGCUGUGGACUGAGGUGCUGCCCAGUCUCAAGACGUUCACGCCACUCACUAAGGGGAAGGAGGUGUUUCCUGACGAGGUCUCUUUGAUCAAAUUUUACGGUGCAGGGAAACUGCAGGUCUUCCGAAAGUGGACGGAUCAGCACUUUUGGAUCAGGCUCGGACAGACCACUCCGCAAGAUCUUGUAUCACAAUUGGGUCCUCCCGAUGCUAUAUACCGGAAGAACGACCAUAAGAUGUUCGCCCACAAAGUGCGGACUGGUAGCGAUGCCAUGAAGCGACCAGACAGUGCUGAUUUGAAGGGUCAGGACGACCUUACAGAUACAGAUCAAUCGUCGGCAAACGCUGGGUCAGACGGUUACCACUCUAGCGACGAUGAAACCAGUGAUGUCAGCAUCGAAGGCGGCCACGUGUCGGGCGAGUGCUUCUACAAUUAUUUCUUCCAUGGAUUCGAUGUGCUGGUCUCAAAGCCGACGGCGCCAUCUCCGGUACCGCCUUCUCAGGAACAAGGGAAGAAUGUGCCCAACGUUCCUAAGGACUGGCUUGUCACAGCCAAUGCCGACAGCCUUGUUGCCACGAAGAUCGUUCUGCACGGAAAUGUGCCUGGGUCGUAUCCCUUUAACCGACACCGGCGCUGUCGAUGGGAGAUCCCGUAUCUUUCAUCAGUUUCGGACGUGGUGAUCAACUCGGAGUCUGAUUUUCCACAAAUCGAGGAGAGCCUGCGCAAGGAGUGGCAGUCGAUCUACCCGUCUGAAGAAGAAGCGCGCAAGGCUCAAAGAGGCAUGGUCCUUAACAGAGGCUGGGGAGACAGUCCCGGUAGCAGUAUCGAGUUUCUGGGCGGGUGGGAAGGAGAUGGCGCGACGGCGGCACCAGAUGCCGGUGGCACGGCCAAGAAGUUUGACGGGCCUGCAGAUUCCACGACCACUCUUUAUGGUUUCCCGGGACUCGUCUUUGAGGUGUUGAAGAAUGGCGCUGUUACUGCGGUGACAGUAUUCUAG